AGUCAGUUUCCAAUCGGCAGCAGACCGCCAUUGAUCGUAAGGAGAAAGGCUACAUGAAGCUAGCUCACAAGCAUCCGUAGCCGUUUGUAGGAAUUAUCUGUUGAUUCAAGUCGUUCAUAGUGUAUUGUUUUUUGUUGAUAUCUUCUACGUUCUCCCGGUUCCCGGGGUGGGAUUGCUGCUGACAUGGGCACUUUAGGCUCAGAUUCCAAAGCCACUAUAAGGCUGGUGAAACGGGUUCAGUUUGGCAUCCUGAGCCCAGAUGAAAUCCGCAGGAUGUCUGUCACCGAAGGUGGCAUCAGAUAUCCUGAGAUCUAUGAAGGUGGUAAACCCAAGUUGGGUGGUCUUAUGGACCCCCGACAGGGAGUCAUCGACAGGUCAGCCAGGUGCCAAACUUGUGCAGGCAACAUGAAUGAAUGCCCAGGACAUUUUGGCCACAUUGAUCUAGCCAAGCCUGUAUAUCACAUCGGAUUCAUUCAGAAGACUAUGAAAAUUCUUCGUUGUGUGUGCUUUUACUGCUCUAAACUUUUGGUAAGCCCAAACAACCCCAAAAUUAAGGAAAUUUUGGUGAAAUCAAAAGGCCAACCAAGAAAACGUAUGGCUCAUGUAUAUGAUCUUUGCAAAGGGAAAAACAUAUGUGAAGGCGGUGAUGAAAUUGAUAUUGGGAAAGAUGAAGACAUAUCAAAGGAGGCAUCAAAAAAAGUAAGCCAUGGCGGAUGUGGUCGUUACCAACCAACUAUUCGCCGCCAAGGUUUGGAAAUGACGGGCGAAUGGAAGCACGUAAAUGAAGAUUCGCAAGAAAAGAAAAUUGUUUUGACGGCCGAACGUGUUUGGGAGAUUUUCAAACACAUUUCUGACGAAGAGUGCGCCAUCCUCGGAAUGGAUCCUAAAUAUGCCCGUCCAGACUGGAUGAUCGUCACUUGCUUGCCCGUACCUCCCCUUGCCGUUCGCCCGGCCGUUGUGAUGCACGGUUCGGCCCGUAACCAAGACGAUCUCACCCACAAACUGGCAGACAUCGUUAAAGCUAACAACGAGCUGCAACGUAACGAACAGUCUGGUGCUGCAGCUCAUAUCAUAGCCGAAAAUAUUAAAAUGCUCCAGUUCCACGUUGCAACCAUGGUAGACAACGACUCGCCAGGACUUCCUCGAGCUCAGCAGAAAUCCGGUCGCCCCAUCAAAUCCGUCAAAGCACGUUUGAAGGGCAAGGAAGGUCGUAUUCGAGGUAACUUGAUGGGUAAACGUGUCGACUUUUCAGCACGUACGGUUAUUACGCCGGAUCCUAAUUUGCGCAUCGAUCAAGUCGGCGUCCCUCGAAGUAUUGCGCAAAACAUGACCUUUCCUGAAAUUGUUACGCCUUUCAACAUUGAGAAGAUGCAAGAAUUAGUGCAACGUGGUAACUCGCAAUACCCGGGUGCCAAGUACAUCAUUCGAGAAAAUGGCGACCGAAUUGAUUUGAGAUUUCAUCCAAAAUCUUCUGAUCUGCAUCUUCAAUGCGGUUACAAAGUCGAGAGACACAUCCGUGAUGGUGAUUUAGUUGUUUUCAACCGACAACCUACGCUGCACAAAAUGUCUAUGAUGGGGCAUCGUGUCAAAGUACUUCCUUGGUCCACGUUUCGCAUGAACCUCAGUUGCACGUCUCCCUACAACGCUGAUUUUGACGGCGACGAGAUGAACUUGCACGUUCCUCAAAGUAUGGAAACUCGUGCCGAAGUAGAAAAUAUCCACGUCACUCCGCGCCAGAUUAUCACUCCGCAGGCCAACAAACCCGUCAUGGGUAUUGUGCAGGACACACUUUGUGCUGUCCGUAAAAUGACAAAACGCGACGUAUUCCUUGAGAAAGAGCAGAUGAUGAAUUUGCUCAUGUUUUUGCCCACCUGGGAUGGCAAAAUGCCUCAACCCGCCAUACUUAAACCAAGGCCUAUGUGGACAGGCAAGCAGCUGUUCACCCUGAUCAUUCCAGGAAAUGUAAACAUGAUUCGUACACACUCUACCCAUCCUGACGAUGAAGAUGACGGUCCUUACAAGUGGAUAUCUCCAGGAGACACUAAGGUCAUGGUAGAAAAUGGCGAACUGGUGAUGGGCAUUUUAUGUAAGAAGACACUUGGUGCCUCCGCCGCUUCUUUGCUCCAUAUUAUUUUCAUGGAAUUGGGCCACGAAGUUUGUGGACGAUUCUAUGGUAACAUUCAGACAGUCAUCAACAAUUGGCUGUUGUACGAAGGCCACAGCAUCGGUAUUGGCGACACCAUCGCCGAUCCUCAGACAUACUUGGAUAUUCAGGCCACAAUUAAAAAGGCUAAAGAAGACGUCAUAGAGGUUAUCCAGAAAUCACAUAACGACGAACUAGAGCCCACACCUGGUAACACCCUUCGUCAAACCUUCGAAAAUCAAGUGAACCGUAUCCUUAACGACGCUCGUGACAAAACUGGUGGUUCAGCCAAGAAGUCGCUGACGGAGUACAAUAACCUCAAGUCCAUGGUGGUAGCUGGUUCCAAGGGUUCUAACAUCAACAUUUCCCAGGUCAUUGCUUGCGUCGGUCAGCAGAACGUCGAAGGUAAACGAAUUCCCUUUGGAUUUCGCAAAAGGACACUGCCUCAUUUCAUCAAGGACGAUUACGGUCCCGAGUCGAGAGGAUUCGUCGAAAAUUCAUAUCUUGCCGGCUUGACCCCUUCGGAGUUUUACUUCCACGCUAUGGGUGGUCGUGAAGGUCUUAUCGACACAGCCGUCAAAACUGCCGAAACUGGUUACAUUCAGCGACGUCUCAUCAAAGCCAUGGAGUCUGUAAUGGUCCACUACGACGGAACAGUCCGUAACUCGGUCGGCCAAUUGAUUCAGCUCCGUUAUGGUGAAGAUGGUCUUUCUGCAGAAUCCGUGGAAUUCCAGACGAUGCCAACUGUCAAGCUUUCCAACAAGGCCUUUGAGAAAAAGUUCAAGUUUGAGCCAAGUAACGAACGCUAUUUACGACGCAUCUUCAACGAAGACAUUACUCGUGAAUUGAUGAGCAGCGCCGAAGUCAUCACAGAGAUCGAACACGAGUGGGAGCAGUUGGACAAAGAUCGUGAAGCCCUACGUCAAAUUUUCCCAACUGGCGAGAACAAGGUAGUGUUGCCUUGCAAUCUUCAACGCAUGAUCUGGAACGUUCAGAAGAUUUUCCACAUCAAUAAACGAGCACCAACGGACUUGAGUCCUCUUCGCGUCAUCCAAGGUGUCAGAGAUCUGCUUUCCAGAUGUGUCAUUGUAGUUGGGGAGGACAAGUUGAGUGUCCAAGCUAAUCAGAACGCCACUCUUCUGUUCCAGUGCCUAAUUCGUUCCACACUAUGUUCUAAACGUUUAGCCGAAGAGUAUCGGCUCUCCUCAGAGGCUUUUGAAUGGCUUAUCGGUGAAAUCGAGACCCGUUUCCAACAAGCACAGGCCCAACCUGGUGAAAUGGUGGGUGCUCUCGCCGCUCAAUCUCUCGGUGAGCCCGCCACUCAGAUGACGCUCAAUACUUUCCAUUUUGCUGGUGUCUCAUCGAAGAACGUAACACUCGGUGUGCCGCGUCUUAAGGAAAUCAUCAACAUCAGUAAAAAUCCCAAAGCCCCGUCUUUGACCGUUUUCUUAACUGGCGCAGCAGCUCGCGAUGCCGAAAAGGCUAAAAACGUUUUGUGUCGUCUUGAACACACGACCCUGCGUAAGGUGACGGCCAACACAGCCAUCUACUACGAUCCCGACCCACAAAACACGGUCAUCUCUGAAGAUCAGGAAUUCGUCAAUGUCUACUAUGAAAUGCCUGACUUCGAUCCGACGCGGAUCUCGCCUUGGUUACUGCGUAUCGAGUUGGACCGUAAACGUAUGACGGACAAGCGUCUCACCAUGGAACAGAUUGCUGAGAAGGUGAAUGCAGGCUUCGGUGACGACCUCAAUUGCAUCUUUAACGACGACAACGCUGAGAAGUUGGUGCUGCGUAUCCGUAUCAUGAACAGCGACGACAGCAAAUUCACGGAAGAAGAGGAGCAAGUUGACAAAAUGGAAGACGACAUGUUUUUGCGCUGUAUCGAAGCCAACAUGUUGUCUGACAUGACACUGCAAGGUAUCGAAUCCAUCGGCAAAGUCUACAUGCAUUUGCCACAAACGGACCAGAAGAAACGUAUUGUCGUCACGGAAGCUGGAGAGUUCAAAGCCAUUGCGGAAUGGCUUCUCGAAACGGACGGUACGCAGUUGAUGCGAGUAUUGAGCGAACGUGACGUCGACCCUGUCCGUACCUACUCAAACGACAUUUGUGAAAUCUUCGCUGUUCUCGGCAUCGAAGCUGUGCGUAAAUCAGUCGAAAAAGAAAUGAACAUGGUGCUUCAAUUUUAUGGCUUGUACGUCAACUAUCGUCAUUUGGCUUUGCUUUGCGACGUUAUGACGGCCAAAGGUCAUUUGAUGGCCAUCACUCGUCACGGUAUCAACAGACAGGACACUGGUGCCUUGAUGAGAUGUUCCUUCGAAGAAACGGUGGACGUGUUGUUGGAGGCAGCCGGCCAUGCUGAAGUCGAUCCUCUGCGUGGUGUGUCUGAAAACAUCAUCUUGGGCCAGCUUCCUCGCAUGGGUACAGGUUGUUUCGACCUCCUCCUCGACGCCGAAAAGUGCAAACAAGGCAUUGAAAUUCCGCUCAGCAUUGGCGCUGGUAUGGGUACGGGUAUGUUCUUCGGUAGCGCGGCAACUCCCAUGGCCGGCAUGAGUCCUCAAAUGACGCCGUGGAACCAAGUGGCGACGCCGGCCUACGGAUCGGUUUGGUCACCUGGUCUUGGAAGUGGCAUGACACCUGGAGGUCCCGCAUUCUCUCCAUCGGUGGCUAGUGAUGCUAGCGGUCUUUCACCGGGCUAUUCUCCAGCUUGGUCUCCGCAACCGGGCAGUCCAGGGUCGCCUGGUCCGGGUAUGAGCCCUUACAUUCCCAGUCCUGGAAUGUCACCUUCAUAUUCGCCUUCAUCACCGGCUUACGCGCCUACCAGCCCUUCAAUGACGCCGUCAAGUCCGUCUUAUUCGCCUACCAGCCCGUCAUACAGUCCGACUAGCCCCAAUUAUAGUCCGACGAGCCCUGGAUAUUCGCCCACAUCACCGAGCUAUUCGCCGACCAGUCCGAGCUACUCUCCGACAUCUCCCAGCUACAGUCCGACGUCACCGACGUAUUCACCGACCAGUCCAAGUUAUUCGCCGACAAGUCCUAGUUACUCGCCUACCUCGCCGAGUUAUAGCCCGACGUCGCCGACUUACUCACCAUCCAGUCCAUCAUACAGUCCGAGCUCGCCAAGCUAUUCUCCUACCAGCCCGAGCUAUUCCCCGACAAGUCCGAGUUACUCUCCGACGAGUCCGAGUUAUUCGCCAAGUUCUCCGAGCUACACGCCGGCGUCUCCCAGCUACAGCCCGACAAGCCCGAGUUACUCGCCCAGCUCUCCACAGUACUCGCCUCGUAGCCCAGCUUAUUCUCCUAGUAGCCCGAAAUAUUCGCCGACAUCGCCGUCUUACUCGCCGGGCUCUCCACAGUACACCCCAGCGUCGCCCAAGUACUCGCCGACGUCGCCGACUUAUUCCCCAACUUCUCCGGCGUACUCUCCGAGCAGUCCAAAGUACUCACCUACAUCGCCGCGCUAUAGCCCCGCCUCUCCCAAGUACUCGCCGACUUCACCGAGCUACAGUCCGGCAAGCCCGGCGUACUCGCCAAGCAGCCCAAACUACUCUCCUACUUCUCCAUCCUAUUCGCCCGCCUCUCCCAAAUAUUCACCAACAUCCCCCACCUAUUCACCAGCACCUACGGGCUACUCGCCCACUUCGCCUUCAUAUUCGCCCACCAGUCCCACUUACGAAUCCGAUUCUGAAAGAGAGAAAGAAGAUCGUCGUAAACGUUCGAGGCGAUAGUGUGGCCUACGGCAGCUCAACACUGACAUACAACAUAAAUCCAUUCAGGUUCAUGGUGACGAUUUAUUUUUUUUUUUCUUUAUAUGAUUCCCCAUUAGCAAUUGGUUCAGUCGUUGAGCUUCGUUGUUACCUUUCAGCCAGAAUUUCUUGUUUCCAUUGUAAUUGGACUUGAAGUAUAAUACACAAAUGUGAAAAU